AUGCCUUCUGCGUACAGCAACAACGAACUAUCAGCAAAUGGGGGACAUUCGGUUCGCAGCAACGGGGCGGCGAUGGAGUUUUGGGCGGUUCUCGAGAGGGCAGCGGGAGACAAACGGAUGUGGAUACAGGUUCUUUGUCGACUUGAUUUCAGGGUCGCAAUACCGCGACAUUCUCAUUCUCCAGCAACACUUUCUGUCAGACGGUCUCUGGACCCGUCAUUCUUCCCGUAUCUGGGAGACUGCCAUCGUAUCUGGAAGACCGCCAUGCAUACUAGUGUUCUCGAUGUCCUCCCUGCCAUAAAUGGCACAUCCACCCAUGAUUUAUCUCCGCAACCGCACAAAGAAGAUGCGUUGCUCGUUGUGAAGCAGCCCGCCGGCCUUCGACCGCGAAAUUCCGCGCUUCGGCUAAGCGUCGUCGCUGGUCAGUCGACACAGACGUCCCCUUGCCCUCUAUCUGGUCAAGGGAAUCGCGAUGACCGACCGGAAUACGACUACCCAUCUCAUCUCUGCGCGACAAGCACGGUGGAAGCCACAUGA